CUGUGUUUUUCAGGAAAUGAAAAAUUAAUCAAAAGAAAAUUAAUUACAAAACAUUAAAAACAGAAUGAAAAUUUUGGGAAAUUUAUCGGACUUGAAAAACCUAACUGAUAUCGAUGGAAAACCAAAAGAACCUUUCUCCGAACUGUACUGGAUUUUCUCACAAAUCGUCCUCAGUAUAGUGAUCAUAUUUUCAUUAUAUCUUCUAGUUUGUUUGUCACGGUAUGCUACUAUCACCAAAUGCUCACCUGGGAGGGAAAUCAGCGGCAAAAAAGGAAAAAUGCUUUACAGAUUAUGCCUUGUAAGUCUUGUAAUGGCGGUUGCAAGAUUUGUAUCUGACGAAGCUGUUGCGAUCACUGGGUGGACGAAUGAUAAAAACUGUGUUACAACUGUUUCAGUCAGCGCUGUGUUUUAUUCCCUCAGUCUUUAUCCAAUCUAUAUUUUCCUGUGGAUGAGACAGAGCAUUUUCUACGCUAACCCGGUUCUAUCACAUAUAUUGAACCCAGUGGUUACUUUUAUAAGUUGGGCAACAUUGGUUGUUAUGUUGAGCGGAGGCGCCGUGCUCACUGUCAUUUAUAUUUUACCUGAAAUAACUGGGUGGCGUUACGAAGCGACAGAUUCUGGGUGCAGAGACGCAGCGGACGUAUCGGGAUUCGAUCUCGUAACCUGCUUAGUAGUGGCGUUUACUGUUUCAUUUCAAGUGAGCUUGUUGGCGCUGUUUAUGUACCCGUUGCUUACUAAGAAGACGCAGAGGUAUCGGAGCCAAAGCACGCGAGCUGCGAGAGCGAAUACGAACGCAGAAAACGCUUCGGCUUCGUAUGAAGAGAAUUCUGUCCCGGAAAAAAAUUCGGAUGAAGUCUCGUCUUCAGAACCGAAACGAGUAGUUUCAGAUGAAGACCAUACCAAAGUAGCGGUGUCGUAUGUAGGCAAACCACCUCAUCGAGGCGGCUACUUUAACACGAAGAGCGUUUUUUAUCGGAAGACACAAAAAAAAGAUGGCGGCGAUAAGACGAAGAAGGGGAUUUUCCGUCUAAGUCACGUGAGCACUACGUCAUUUACUGAUUUAAUGAAGAAACCAAAAUCACCAAGUAAUGCUUCGACCAGUGAGGGCGCGAAAAAGUCUAAGAGGGGAAAGACGCAGCAGGGUCGCCGUAUCAUCCAAUUCAUGAGGAAAGCCUUCUUUCUGACGUUGUUUUGCGUCAUGUCUGACGUCAUUUUUGCAGUGAUACAGAUGGUGGUCAUAGUGCCGGAAUUGGUCUACCUCGUUUUAUUCGAUGUUAAUUUGCUGAUUAACAUCGUGUGUAUCGUGAUGUCGUUUCGAGACUGGCCGCGAAUGAUUGCGCCAGUUUGUGCGCGACACCUCAUUCAAGAUAAAAAUCAAUCACGUGACUCGAAUACCAAUGGUCGCUCAACCAGAACGAUGGUUAGUAGACUCGCAGCAGCCAACACUCGCUUGACACCGCAAAAGAGGCCGAAUUUGUCGUCUAGCAGCGAAGCUACGGCCAAUGCCUUGCCUUAAACUUUUGCGCAGCUUGUACGCCGUCUAGCGGAUAUGAUUUUAUUUCCUAUAUUCCUAUUUGUGCGAUGUAUGUAACAUAAAACGCAUCCGCUUUUGAAAAAAUCCCGUAUUUUUAUACGUAGUCAUGCGUGUAGAAGAAAGUAACAUUGCAAGCUA